AUGCGGUCAAGGAUUGAGUAUUGUUUUUGUAGUAAAAAGAAAUCAUCUUAUGUAACAAUUAACCAAUCCACCGUUGCUCUUAAACAGCUUAUUAAUCAAAUCAAAGAACAAGAGCAGCUUGCUGAUCAAGAUAAUGUUACUUUAGUUGUUAAAAAUAGACAAACUGGAGAAGUUUAUAAAAACGAAUACGAAUUUAUUAACAGAAAUACAUCAGUAAUUGUUUAUCGUGUACCUUUAACUUCCAAGAUUUAUUUAGAAACAAAACCAGUUGCACAGCCAGCUGAGCAAGCAGCACCACAACAAGAUCAAACAGCUGAAGAACAAGCAGCUAAACUUGCAGCUGAAGCUCAAGCUGCUGCAGAAGAAGUUCCAGAUGAAAAUUCAUUAAACAAACUUGAAGCAAGAAAGCAAGAAGAUGAAUUCUUUUACAAGAGACAAAAUAUUCCUCGCUCGUACAUCUUACGUCCAUUACAAGGCAAAAUUAUUUUGCCAUAUAAUGAAGUUGCGUAUUUUCAGCGUCCAGAAGAUCCACCAUUUGCAAGAAACAGAUGGACCCUUGAAGAUCUUCAGCGUUGGAUGUGUCCAAUCUGCAACAGAAUCAUGACUCACGCUACAUUAACUCCAUGUUGUAAAGUUGCUUACUGCGAUUCUUGUAUUACGGAAGCUCUUCUCAAUGAAGAUCAGCGUUGUCCCAACAAAGACUGCCGUAGAACAGGUAUUGUCCCAUCAAUGCUUACUCCCGCCACUCAAUUACGAAAUGAAAUCAAAGAAUGGCAGAAAUUCGAUGUCAACAAGCUGAAAACAACCGAAGAGUUCAACAAGAUGUCCGAACAGAACAGAGAUGAGCAGCACGAGCGCUCAGUUCAUCAUGAAGAAGUUCAAGAAUUCAAAAUCCCUGAUAAACCAGCAACAGGUGAACAAAGACACAGAGAUGAUACUCCACGUACAAGAGAUGACAGGCCGAGAUCCAGAGAUGACAGAGAAAGGUCAAGAGAUGAUCCAGUCGAGCCCAGAAGGAACAGAGAUGAAAGAGUUCGAACAAGAGACGACAGAGUCAGAACAAGGGAUGAUGAAAGGGUCAGAACAAGAGAUGACGAAAGAGUUCGAACAAGAGAUGACGAGAUGGUCAGAACAAGAAGCGAUGAGAGAGUUAGAACAAGGGAUGAAGACGAAAGAGUCAGAACAAGAGAUGACGAAAGAGUUCGAACAAGAGAUGAAGAUAGAGUCAGAUCAAGAGACGAAGAUGAUAAACCACGUUCAAGAAAUGAUGACAGAGACAGGGAUAGAGACAGAGAUAGAGAUCGCGACAGGGACAGAGACAGAGAUAGGGAUAGAGAAAGAAGGAGAGAUGACAGAGAUAGAGAAAGAAGAAGAGACGAUGAUGAUGAUAGAGACAGGGACAGGGAUAGAGAUAGAGAUCGCGACAGAGGAAGAGACAGACAUAGAGAUGACAGAGACAGGGAUAGAGAUAGGGAUCGCGACAGAAAAGACAGAGAUAGAGAUCGUGACAGAGACAGGGAUAGAGAUAGAGACAGAGAUAGAGAUCGCGACAGAGGAAGAGAUAGAGAUCGUGAUAGAGGAAGAAACAGAGAUCGCCGUAGAAAAUAA